AUGUCUGUUAUGUGUCGAUAUGUGCUGAUUUUCGCUUUGUUGAUUGUUUUGGCUGUUGCUCAAUGGGGACAUCAUUAUCGCCCUUAUGGAGGAUAUGGUGGAUACAGCGGUUAUGGUGGAUAUAGACCCUAUGGACCUUACGGCGGUUAUGGCUAUCGCCCCUAUGGAGGCUACGGUGGCGGAAGUGGAUUCGGCGCCGGUGUGCUGGUCGGCUCGCUUCUUGGUGGACGA